AGAUAAGUUUAGAAAGAAUAAGAAAAGUUUAAAAAAAUAAGAAAAAGUCAAAAAAGUUGUGAAAAAAUAAGAAGAGUUCAGAAAAAAUGAGAAAAUUUUCAGAAAGUCCAGUUCAUGGAAGAUAAGAAAAGUUAAAAAAAAUAUAUAUGAAAAGUUAAAAAAAAUACACGAAGAAGUUAAAAAAAAUAAGGUGGAAGGACUUACCUUUGGUCUUUUUUGGACGACUGAUGCAACUUGAGGUUUUCCUUUAACUUCCUUGAGCAGAGACUGACCACUGGGAUAUUGUUUUCCCUCCAGGACAGGGCUUUCAGAAUCAGCCAGACUCCCAGGUUGAACUAAUCUGAACUGUUACUGCAUCAUUUUGUAGGGAAGAAGGAGCUCGGUCUAACAAUAUGAUCAACAGACCAAGUCAACUUUGAAGAAAAAAGAUCUUCUGAGAUUUCUAGGUAUUAUAUUUAAAUAUUAACAUUUGUGAGAAUAUGUAUAUUCUCUAUCAAUUCCCAUUCAAAUAUCUUGUAUAAUAUUCAGAGAUUUAUAUCUCCACAGUCAAUAGUUAGAAUUCUUUUAUCAAAGAAACAUGUUGAAGUUUUGAACUGGUAGCUUGAGGAUUGGUUGAAUCAGGGACAUCAUUGAGCUUACACGUUUUCAUAUAGAAUCAAUCAAAGAAAAGUCAGACUACUAAUGUACUUUCAUAACUUCCAAUAGCCAUUUCCAAGAAUUAGAAAAUCUUGAUCAAAUCUGAUUCUGAGAAGCCAUAUGAAAAUAUCACCCAGUAUUAGCUUUGUACAAUUUCUGCAUAUGCUUUCUGAUUUCUCACUAACGGAUGACCAAUAGUGACCGCCUAAAAAGAAAAAAGAAAAAUGGAUGUUGUAACUGACAUAACUACCAGAGCAACUAAACACUCAGAUCAAUUACCUCAAGAACCAUCAGAGUGGGUGAUAACCUUAAGAGAAAAACUCAAGGAAGCCAAACAAUAUGCUGCAACAAGACCAUGGGAGAAGUGGUGCAUAUAUCGAGUGCCUCGACGCCUAAGAGAUGUCCAAGAGGACAGCAAAGCCUAUGUGCCCCAGACUGUAUCUAUAGGGCCGUACCAUCUCGGUAGUGAACAAGUUCGGGAUGUAGACCGAUGACAUAAGUGGGUUGCCCUGAACCAGAUCCUAGAACAUACAGGUCAGGACCUCAACCUUUAUCUUGAUGCCAUCAAAGAGGCUGAAGAAGAAGCGCGCGCUUGUUAUAAGCAAGAACUUGUGCAUCUCAGCAGCAAUAAAUUUGUUGAGAUGAUGGUCCUUGAUGGUUGCUUCAUUCUUGAGCUUUUCAGAAGUUAUCCAAGGGCAGGGGUAACGGGUAACCCCAUUUUCUCUAACCAGAAAAUCAUUGAUGACAUUCUGUUAGACAUGGUGAUGCUGGAAAAUCAAAUUCCGCUUUUCAUAAUUGACAGACUCCUUAGAUUAAUGUGCAUGACUGGUACCCCUGAUGAGCACCAAAAUGGGCAGGCUAUGGCUUUAGCUGUGAACUUCUUCAAUCCUGAAUGGCUGACAGGUAAACCAAUGUCCAUAGGAGAGUUCAAUGAAUUGAAAUUUUCACUCCAGCAAAAAGAGUGCCUUCAUCUCCUUGAUGUUUUCAGGCAAAGUCUACUCCAUGCAGGGCCCCAACAGGAUAGCAAUCACAGACAUGGGUUUCCAAGGAGGGUAUGUAAUAAGCUUGUCCCCGGGUUUUUGAAGCAAUGGUUACGUGAUAAGCUUUUCCCUGGGUAUCUGAAGCGACGUUUAUAUGCCAAUAGAGCUCCAAACAGAAUUCCAGGGCAUGGACAAAUCAUACAUAGGGUCACCCAGCUCAGAGAGGGAGGAGUAAAAUUCACAAAGCGAGACACCAACUGUUUCUGGGACAUCAGGUUCAAGAAUGGAGUUCUUGAAAUCCCUACAAUUUGGAUUCAAGAUAGUACAAUGACCAUCCUCCUGAACGUAUCUGCCUUUGAGAACUGCCAUUUGAAGAUAAAUGAUGCUAUAAUUGCAUCAUAUGUGGUCUUCAUGGAAUGUUUAAUAAAAUCCCCAGAAGAUGUGGGCCACCUUCAUCGAUAUGGAAUCAUUCAGCAUCUCCUUGGACAUGAUGGUGAAGUUGUUGACAUGUUCAAGAGCAUUUCUAAAGAGAUACUAGUGGAUGCACAAACUGGUUACUAUUCAAAACUAUCUGAGCAAGUGAAUGCAUACUACAACCAGAGAAGAAAUAGAUGGCGUGCAAGCCUGCUUCGCAAGUAUUUUAAUAAUCCUUGGGCUAUCAUCUCACUGAUAGCUGCUUUCAUACUCUUAUUACUUACUGCCAUACAGAGCUUCUAUGCAGUAUAUUCCUACUACAGGCCAAAUUCUUAAUCUAAUGAAAAUGAAAUCUUGAUUUAUAUGA